AUUGGCAAACUAAACAAAUGAAACAUUGUGACUCGCAUUCGAGUGUAGAUUUUUGAAGGCCAAAUCAGUGUCGACAUGUCAAAAUUCAAUUUCGUCAGUAUAAGUGAACCGUUAGAUGUCGGAACGAGGAUCCACUGGAAUGAGGAGGAACAAAGUGUCUAUUAUGUGGAUGUGCCUAAUUCGAUGGUGUACAAAUACAAUGUGAACACUAAACAAACAACAAAAGCUAAAGUCGGAACCGAACCUCUUGCCUUCAUGUUUCCCGUCGAGGGCUCAAAUACAAGAUUCGUAGCAGGACUGGGGAGAAAAUUUGUUUUCGUCGAGUGGGACGGAAAGAGCUCUUCCGUCUCCGAAGUAGAAACAAUCGCAGAAGUAGAAACAGAAGGGAUGUUUAGACAAAAUCGACUAAACGGCGCCAAAGUGGACCCAUUCGGAAGGUUAUGGGCUGGUACAAUGGGGCCAGCUGAUAAAGAUGGAAAUACCAUACCAAGUCGCGGGUCGUUAUAUUGUCUGCGAAAAGGCGUUAUAACAAAACAUGUAUGCAAUAUAGGAAUUUCCAAUGGAUUAGCAUGGAACACGAAGCAAAAUAAAAUGUAUUUUGUAGACACUCUCAGUCCCGUUGUUUUUCAGUUUGACAUAUCGGAUUCAGGAGAAAUAAGUAAUCGAACAGAGGUAUUUAAUUUCGAAAGAAAUAAUAUAAGAGGGCUACCGGAUGGUUUGACAAUUGAUACGGAUGGCAACCUCUGGAUAUGUGCAAUACACGGAUCAACGAUAGUUAAAUUCAAUCCAGAAAACGGAGAAGUUUUGGAUACAAUCGUUUUCCCAACAACGCAGCCAACUUCAGUGACAUUCGGAGGAAAUAAUUUAGACCAACUCUUUGCAACAACAGCAAGAAUUGAAGUCGAGGGCAAAAUUCCCCCAGAUCCUGCUGGAAAAACGUACCUUAUAUCAAAUAUUGGAUGUUCUGGAUAUCGGGGAGAUAAAUACAAACCAUAGAUGUGAAACACUUGCUUUACUAAGUAAACUGUAAAUUAAUAGAAUCAUUGAUUUGUAUUUGAGUUUGAACACAGUAUUGAACUGAAUUAAUCAUUUCAUAGUAAGAGAAUAAUCAUUGAAGA